AUGAGCUAUAAAAACUUAAUCUGGUACAAGUCGUUACUAUCCGCAGAAAAGUCUUGUUUAAAAGAUGACAAAAUCAAGAAAGUUCACUAUAAAUUUGAAGAUGGGCGAGAAAUGGUUGAAGAAUACAAUGUAGACACACAGGUGUUAUUACGAAGAGCAUGGAAAGUUAGGGGAAAAUUAGGAGGUGAGGGCAAAUGGCAUGUAGAAGUUGGGGAUCCUAUCCCAGAUGCUACUCCUAGUAAUGAUGUUGCAGAUAUAAUUGAAUCUAAGGAUCAGCCUGUACUAUCGCGACGUAAUACAAGAAUAAAUCUAGAAUGGAGAAUUAGGAAUUUACCUUAUCCUAUUGAAACUUAUUCUAUUAAGGUUGAUAAUGAAAAUAAGUGUAUUGUUAUUAGUACAACUAAUAAAAAGUAUUAUAAAAAGCUGGAAGUACCAGAGCUUGAGAGAAUUAAUUUAUCUCUAGAGCAAACAAAUGUACAAGCAUCUCAUAAUUUUAAUACCUUGAUAAUAACUUAUAAAAAGCCGCAAAAGCUUCUAGAUAUGGAAAAGGAAUGGUAUGAAGAGCUGAAAAAAGUAAAGCCCAUUAAGGAUAUUCCAAGUGAUUGUAAAACUCAAUAA